GUUACGCCACCCAUAUACCCCAGCCGUGCAGCGCCCUCCUCACCUCCCUUCUACGACAUCACCGUCUCGCUCGGCCCGUCCCUCACUCAGGCGGAGGCAGCAGAGCCAGACACAGAGGAGGUCUCAGCAUGGCUUUCCCUUUGUGCUUUGUGGUCGUUCUGGCGGCGGCCGCAGCGGCAGACAACUACACAACAGUUGAGUAUCAGCCAGAAUCGGUAUCCUGCUUGGACGUGGGCGGCGAGUGUGUGGCAGAGGCUGACCAGUGCUUCACCGGACUCUUACACACCGCCGAGUGCCUGGAGGGCGUAUGUUGCCUCAAUCAUACGGAAUUAGGCAACGCUACGUGGGCAAGUGAAAACGACCCAGCUGACGACUGGGGAAGGUUCUUGGACGAGUAUGAAAAAGUGGAAGGAAGUAACAUCACUGACACGAGUGCUUAUGGUUUAGGGGACGGCUUGGCGAGGGACAACAAACCGAAGUGUCUCCAAAAAGAAAAGUGCAAGAAAGAAAAUGGCAAAUGUAAGAGGCGAUGUUCCGCAAAGGAAGACAACGUUCCCAAUGCUUGCGGCAGACACUGUCAGUGCUGCGUGGGGCGGGAGAAGAAGUGCCGAAACAAGGCAAAGUGCAGCGAGGCCCACGGCCGGUGCAAGAAGCGGUGCGCCUCGGGGGAGGUUAAGCUGGCCGGCGCCUGCACGGGCUCGGACUGCAAAUGCUGCAUUCCCGCCACAGACAAUGCUGUGUGCACGGAGGUGGAGGACUGUCUGAAAGCCGGGGGGUCGCUCAAGACGGCCUGCACCAGUGACGAGGCGCAGGUGGCCGGCGGCUGCUCCGACAAGUACUGCUGCUGCGCGCCACGAGACGUCUGCCAGGCGGAGCCAGCCUGCCACAAGGGGAAAGGCUUCUGCAGGACGGCGUGCCAGAAGGGCGAGCGAGAGGUGGUUAGCGGCUGCUCGGCUAGCUGCAGGUGUUGUGUCCCAGUCAAGGAAGGUUCGGAGGUCAAGAAAUGCAUGAGAGCGGGAGGGUCACUCAAGGCCCACUGCUCGUUAAUGGAGAAGGAAGUAGCAAGCGGGUGUAUUGGAAAGUACUGCUGCUGUGCUCCAAAAGACCAGUGUGACGUUCAUCCGGCAUGCGCGGACGGCCGAGGACACUGCCGGUCAUCCUGUAACGAGUGGGAAGAGGAGACCGGCCACUGCGGACACAACUGCAAGUGCUGCGUGUCGCUGACGGAAGUCUGCCUGGCUAAACUCUCGUGCUACGGAGACCAAGGCCAGUGCAAGGCUUCGUGCCUCAGCCGGGAGACGGAGAUCCACGGAGACUGCGGGAGUCGCUGCAAAUGCUGCCUGCCCCCUCCUUCAUGUUCUAAGGAAAUGGAAGCAUGCAACAAGGCGGGAGGCUCACUCAAGCAGCAGUGUUCAUCGGCGGAGAAGGUGGUGGCGGGAGGCUGCUCUGACGGACAUUGCUGUUGCGCACCGCUGGACGCGUGCCUCGGCCAGCCGGAGUGUGACGCGGGGCGGGGACACUGCCGUUCAGCCUGCCGCACCGGGGAGAAGGAGAAGUAUGGCCUCUGCGGCGACUCCUGCAAGUGUUGUGUCGCCACGGACGGGGUUUUAGAUGAGGUGAAGCUGUGCGUGCAUGCGGGCGGGGUGGUCAAGGGGCAGUGCAGCUCGCACGAGAAGGAGGUGGCGGGAGGCUGCUCGGCUCAGAACUUCUGCUGCUGCGCCCCUCAAGACGUGUGCGGUGCCCACGAUACCUGCGACGCGGGGAGUGGCCUGUGUCGAAGUUGGUGCCUCAAGUGGGAGCGUGAGGUGCCGGGCUGCGGUGCCAGCUGUAAAUGCUGUACCGUUCGUCCCGCCGUGUGCAGCGACCCUACUGACAGCUGCCCAGGGACGUGUGUCGACGAGAGGCUGUGCCCUCACGAAAAGCAUCCCACUCUCACCUGCUCUGGAGACGGCUGUGUUUGCUGCCUAAGAAAAGUUCGGCCCACUACCACCACUAAAAAACCCGAGACUACCACCACCACGAGUGAAGUGACGACUACCACUACUACACCGACCACUACAACAACAACGACCCCAACCACCACCUCUACAACAACAACGACCCCAACCACCACCACAACUACAACUACGACCCCAACCACAACAACUACAACUACGACCCCAACCACCACCACCACCACGACAACCACCACCACCACUACAACAGAAGCAGGAAAUGAUGAUUCCAUCUUUGCCAUAGUUAUCGAGGAUGAGUUUGGUGGAGGGAUCCCAGUGGGGCCUCAGGCUACGAGUGCUGGCCUGACCGAUGGAUGGACGACCGGCGCCGCGCACACUACUCAUGGGUUAACCUCUGAGGAAGUCACUGACCUAACCACUGAACUGCUAACUGAACCAACCACAGAAGGAUCCGCUGAAGACUCUAAUGCAUCCGCUGAAGAGAUCUCGGAGGAUUCCAACGAAAAAUUACCUGAAGAAACCAUUGGAGAGUCCACUGAGAAAUCACCCACUCAGGAGUUCACCGAUUACACUGAAGGAUCCACUGGAGGAUAUACUGAAGAAUCAGCUGAAGGAUAUACUGAAGAAUCUACUGAAAGAUACACUGAAGGACCCAUUGAAGGGGUCCCAGAACAAUCCAUUCAAGGAGUCCCUGAAGAGUCCACUGUAGGAUACGAUGAAGAGUCCACGGAAAGAUACGAUGACGAGUCCACUGAAGGAUAUGAUGAAGAGUCAACGGAAGGAUACGAUGAGGAGUCCACUGAAGGAUAUGAUGAAGAGUCCACGGAAGGAUACGAUGAGGAGUCCACUGAAGGAUAUGAUGAAGAGUCCACGGAAGGAUACGAUGAAGAGUCCACUGAAGGAUACGAUGAAGAGUCCACUGAAGGAUACGAUGAAGAGUCCACGGAAGGAUACGAGGAAGAGUCCACUAAAGGACACUAUGAAGAGUCCACUGAAGGAUACGAUGAAGAGUCCACUGAAGGAUACGAUGAAGAGUCCACUGAAGGAUAUGAUGAAGAGUCCACUGAAGGAUACGAUAAAGAGUCCACUGAAGGAUAUGAUGAAGAGUCCACUGAAGGAUACGAUGAAGAGUCCACUGAAGGAUCUGAUGAAGAGUCCACUGAAGGAUACGAUGAAGAGUCCACUGAAGGAUACGAUGAAGAGUCCACUGAAGGAUAUGAUGAAGAGUCCACUGAAGGAUACGAUGAAGAGUCCACUGAAGGAUACGAUGAAGAGUCCACUGAAGGAUAUGAUGAAGAGUCCACUGAAGGAUACGAUGAAGAGUCCACUGAAGGAUACGAUGAAGAGUCCACUGAAGGAUAUGAUGAAGAGUCCACUGAAGGAUAUGAUGAAGAGUCCACUGAAGGAUACGAUGAAGAGUCCACUGAAGGAUACGAUGAAGAGUCCACUGAAGGAUAUGAUGAAGAGUCCACUGAAGGAUAUGAUGAAGAGUCCACUGAAGGAUAUGAUGAAGAGUCCACUGAAGGAUACGAUGAAGAGUCCACUGAAGGAUAUGAUGAAGAGUCCACUGAAGGAUACGAUGAAGAGUCCACUGAAGGAUAUGAUGAAGAAUCCACUGAAGGAUACGAUGAAGAGUCCACUGAAGGAUAUGAUGAAGAGUCCACUGAAGGAUACGAUGAAGAGUCCACUGAAGGAUACGAUGAAGAGUCCACUGAAGGAUAUGAUGAAGAGUCCACUGAAGGAUAUGAUGAAGAGUCCACUGAAGGAUACGAUGAAGAGUCCACUGAAGGAUAUGAUGAGGAGUCCACUGAAGGAUACGAUGAAGAGUCCACUGAAGGAUACGAUGAAGAGUCCACUGAAGGAUACGAUGAAGAGUCCACUGAAGGAUAUGAUGAGGAGUCCACUGAAGGAUACGAUGAAGAGUUCACUGAAGGAUACGAUGAAGAGUCCACUGAAGGAUACGAUGAAGAAUCCACUGAAGGAUAUGAUGAAGAGUCCACUGAAGGAUACGAUGAAGAGUCCACUGAAGGAUAUGAUGAAGAGUCCACUGAAGAAUCAACUGAAGGAUUCAGUGAGGGACCCAUUGAAGGAUUACCUGAACAAUCCAUUGAAGGAUUCCCUGAAAAACCCACUGAAGGAUCCACAGAAGAAUCUACAGAAGAGUCCACUGAAGAAUCUACAGAAGGAUCCACUGAAGAAUCUACAGAAGGAUCCACUGAAGAAUCUACAGAAGGAUCCACUGAAGAAUCUACAGAAGGAUCCACUGAAGAAUCUACAGAAGGAUCCACUGAAGAAUCUACAGAAGGAUCUACAGAAGGAUCCACUGAAGAAUCUACAGAAGGAUCCACUGAAGAAUCUACAGAAGGAUCUACAGAAGGAUCCACUGAAGAAUCUACAGAAGGAUCUACAGAAGGAUCCACUGAAGAAUCUACAGAAGGAUCCACUGAAGAAUCUACAGAAGGAUCUACAGAAGGAUCCACUGAAGAAUCUACAGAAGGAUCCACUGAAGAAUCUACAGAAGGAUCUACAGAAGGAUCCACUGAAGAAUCUACAGAAGGAUCUACAGAAGGAUCCACUGAAGAAUCUACAGAAGGAUCCACAGAAGAAUCUACAGAAGGAUCCACUGAAGAAUCUACAGAAGGAUCUACAGAAGGAUCCACUGAAGAAUCUACAGAAGGAUCUACAGAUGGAUCCACUGAAGAAUCUACAGAAGGAUCUACAGAAGGAUCCACUGAAGAAUCUACAGAAGGAUCCACAGAAGAAUCUACAGAAGGAUCCACUGAAGAAUCUACAGAUGGAUCCACUGAAGAAUCUACAGAAGGAUCUACAGAAGGAUCCUCUGAAGGAUCUAUAGAAGAAUCUACAGAAGGAUCCACUGAAGAAUCUACAGAAGGAUCCUCUGAAGGAUCUACAGAAGAAUCUACAGAAGGAUCCCCUGAAGAAUCUACAGAUGGAUCCACUGAAGAAUCUACAGAAGGAUCCUCUGAAGGAUCUACAGAAGAAUCUACAGAAGGAUCCACUGAAGAAUCUAAAGAUGGAUCCACUGAAGAAUCUACAGAAGGAUCUACAGAAGGAUCCUCUGAAGGAUCUAUAGAAGAAUCUACAGAAGGAUCCACUGAAGAAUCUACAGAAGGAUCCUCUGAAGGAUCUACAGAAGAAUCUACAGAAGGAUCCCCUGAAGGAUCUAAAGAAGAAUCUACAGAAGGAUCCACUGAAGAAUCUACAGAAGGAUCCUCUGAAGGAUCUACAGAAGAAUCUACAGAAGAAGAAUCCUCUGAAGGAUCCACUGAAGAGUCUACUGAAGGAUCCACUGAAUAA